AUGGACACUCACACCCAUCCUGUUUCACCUCUCUUCUUGAAUGAGAGUGCUGCUUCGUCACAAUUACCAUCCAAUGGAUCCAAGUCAACCACAAAUCAAAACUCAAAUGCAUAUUUUGAUGAAGAGAGAUCUCAAUCCAAGGCUGUUUCCUAUGAAGAGUUACACGGAAUCAAGCCAGUCGACAUGGACAAGAAAAUUCAAGUUACUUACAAUAACUAUAUCAUGACUGAUUCAUUGUUAACAUUGCAAGGUGCUGAUUGUAAGGGAGGAUUGACUCAUCAUGACGAACAUUUAUUUAUUGUUGUCCAUCAAAGCUUUGAACUGUGGUUCAAUCAAAUUUUGUUUGAAGUUGAGAGCAUUCAAAACAUUUUGAAGAAAGUGUUCAAUUAUGCCAAAGAACACCCUAAUGAAGAUGUUGACCUCACUGUUGAAAAUACUCAAAUUCUAGUUCAUAGAUUAGAGAGAGCAGAUCAAAUUCUUCGUUAUUCACUUGGUACAUUUGAUAUCUUGGAAACUAUGCAUCCUGCAGAUUUUUUGGAAUUUAGAUCUGUUAUUGGACCAGCAAGCGGUUUCCAAUCUGUUCAAAUGAGAGAAUUGGAAGUCAUGAUGGGAUUAAGGGAUUCCAAUCGUAGAAUGUGUGGAGGAAGAACAAGCUAUGAAACCGAUCUUCAACACGACAUUUUUGGAUUAACUCGUUUGAAGAAGAGACAACAAGAGAUGAGCAUUAGAAAAUUGGUUUAUCGGUGGCUUGAAGAAAUUGUCUAUCCCAAAAUUCCAGGAACAGAAUUUAUUUCCACCUUUUUGGAAAGAAAGAGAGAGAAUUUAGCAUUCCAAAAGAGUCGAUGGUUCAAUCCAGAAACUGAAAUGGCAAUUAUCGAACAACAUAUUGAGAAGGAGAUGAAGCCCGCAAGACAAUGGAUUACCAUUGAAGAUCAAGAUUUUCACGUCAAACAAAGAACUGCCUUCAAGGUCAAUAGUAGUGGAGCUCGUAGUUCUGGUGGAUGUCCAUUCUUUUCUCAACAACAGUCUUCCAUGAUGGAUGGAGAAACCAAGCAAGAAACUUGCCCUGUUACUUCUCAAAGUAAUGGAUCUGAGAACAUUGUUCCUCCAAAGAGAUCUAACGAAGAGAAGAUUGAACGUAUUAAGAAACGUCGUGCUGCUAUUUUGUUCAUUAUGAGCUAUAGACAUCACUAUAUGCUUUUUAAUUAUGCCAACUUACUUGAUCGUUUGGUUGCAUUAGAGGAAUCUUUGCUCAUGUGGAGAACUCGUCAUGUUCGCAUGGUAGAGAGAAUGAUUGGAACUCGUACAGGAACAGGUGGUAGUUCUGGUGUUGACUAUCUUGAAGGUACUCUCAAGUAUCGUGUAUUCCUAGAUCUGUGGGAAUCAAGAAGUCACUUUAUUCAAACCACUGCACUUCCAAAGAUUCAAUACAAGUCUGAUAUUAACCAAUUUGUAUUUGAAAAGUAA